ACUGUCAUUUAAUCACAUGAUUUAUUUGAAGCUGGUGUCAUGACAAAACGUUUUUUUUUUUCGGGCAUUUAAUUGUCAGUGUAUGUUGCUAAGGUUUACACGAAAAUAUUCAAAUAUAAAAAUGGUUCAAACUCAUGUAAUACAAGGUUAUGAAAAAUUUCAAGAAUUUUUCAAAAAUUUUGAUAGCCAAGGACAAAAAAUCCACGUCUUAUUUUCCAGUCCAAGAAAAGAAGAUAACACCAGUUGGUGCACAUAUUGUGUAAGAGCUUGGCCAGUUAUAGACCAAGAACUAGAAAAAACUGACCCUAAUUCUCACUUUGUAAGGGUAGAAGUUGGAGAUAUGCCAGUCUGGAAAGAUCCGACUUGUCCAUUCAGACACGAUCCCAAAACCAAAUUAAGAGUUUUGCCAACGUUAAUGAGAUGGGAAGGCCCACAGCGAUUAGAAGGAGAACAAUGUGAUAAAGCUGAUCUUGUGAACAUGCUUUUAAAUGAAGAUGAUGAUUAAUUUUUCGUAUUUUACUUACAGUUUAUGAUAAUUUUUUUGUAUAAAAUUGAUAUUAAAAAAGUCACGAUAUUUGAAAAAA